AUGCACCGAGCGAGAAGCGUGAAACGGCUGGAGGUGGCCCCGGAUUGGGAGCAGGAGGGGACGGAGAUCCGGGAGGCGUUUAAGGUGCUGGACCGCGAUGGGAACGGGUUCAUUUCCAAACAGGAACUGGGAAUGGCCAUGCGGUCCCUGGGGUACAUGCCCAGCGAGGUGGAGCUGGCCAUCAUCAUGCAGAGACUAGACAUGGAUGGUGACGGGCAGGUGGAUUUCGAGGAGUUCAUGACGAUUCUCGGCCCCAAGCUGCUGUCGUCGGAAACCAGGGAGGGCUUUCUGGGCAGCACGAUAGAUACCAUCUUCUGGCAGGUAAAUCUCCUACAUGUUGAAUUAAACCGGCUGUUUUUGUACGAGAAAAUUACCUUCAGCUACUUUUGCACAUUUCAGAUACAGCUGCCUUUGGUUGGGUUUCUAUUAGAAAAUGUGUUCACGGCCUCCACUCAGGCAAAAAUGGCUUUUGAGUUCCCUGAAUCGUCCACUCGGGCUUAUUUUACAUUAAUCACUGUCAUCCUGCUCGGCACACGGGUCUAA